ACCGCUACCUCCGCAACAGCUAGCUGUGUAGCAGCAGCAGCAGCUUCUUCUUCGCGCCAUUACUCUCCUCGGCCCCGGCCCUCCCCCUCCCUCACGUCUUCUCCAUCCCGCGCCUAUAAAUCCGCCGUGCUGCGCGCCGCGACUCCCCACACCCUUAAAGCUUGGUCAGUGUUCAGCUCAUGCUUACUAGCACGAGCACGUCUCAAGUCUCAAGGUAAACAGCUCGAGCACGGACGUUGUGGUCUCCCAUCCAUCAGCGAGACGAGAGCACCCUAAGCAGCAACACGUACACAUCUGAGCUUCAGAGCUACUCCUAGCUAGCUAGCUAGCUAGCUACGCUAGCAUUGAUUCUCCCAUGGCGAACCAGCAGCAUCGGUCCUCCAUCGCCGGCAUGGACCGGGAGCUGUUCCGGACGGUACGUCAGGCGGCGCUGAACCACGCGAGGCUGCUGUACCACCGCCUCGUCAGCCGCCUUCCGCACCUCCUGGCCGUCACGCUCGUCGUGGCCGCGGCCCAGCUCGUGCCGCCACCGUCGUCCGCGCACGCCGCCCGGACGCUCCUGCGCGAGGCGGCGGCGCGCGCCGACGCGGGGCUCGUGGCCGCGGCGCUGGCGGCGUGCGCGUGCGCGUGCGCGUACGCCGCGCUGCGCCCGCGGCCCGUGUACCUGGUGGACCUGGCGGCGUACCGUCCCGGCCCCGCGCACCGGGCCACCCGCGCCGAGUCCGUCCGCCACUUCGCGCUGGCGGGGCGGUUCACGGACGAGAGCGUCGCGUUCCAGACGCGGAUGCUGGAGCGCGCGGGCGUCGGGGACGCCACCCACUUCCCGGCAUCCAUCCUCGCCAACCCCGUCGACAUGAGCCUCCGCGCCGCCAGGGAGGAGUCCGAGGCCGUCGUCUUCGGCGUCGUCGACGACCUGCUGCGCACCACGGCCGUGCGCGCGGCGGACGUCGGCGUCGUCAUCGUCAACUCCAGCCUCUUCAGCCCCACGCCGUCCUUCACGUCGCUGCUCGUCAACCGCUACGGCCUCCGGCACGACGUCGUCACACACAACCUCAGUGGCAUGGGGUGCAGCGCAGGCAUCAUCGCCAUUGACCUCGCCAAACACCUGCUUCAGGUGCACCCGAACACGUACGCGCUGGUGGUGAGCACGGAGAACAUCACGCUGAACGCCUACCUGGGCAACCACCGCCCGAUGCUGGUGACCAACACGCUGUUCCGGAUGGGCGGCGCCGCCGUGCUGCUCUCCAACCGCCGGUCCGACCGCGGCCGCGCCAAGUACCGUCUGGUGCACACGGUGCGGACGCACCGGGGCGGCGCCGCCAGCGACGACAGCUACGCGUGCGUGACGCAGGAGGAGGACGGCGAGGGCAACGUCGGCGUCUCGCUCUCCAAGAACCUCAUGUCCGUGGCCGGGGACGCGCUGCGGUGCAACAUCACGACGCUGGGCCCGCUCGUGCUCCCGCUGUCGGAGCAGCUCCGGUUCCUGCGCGCCGCGCUGCUCCGCCGCGCCGCCGUCAAGGUGAAGCCCUACGUGCCGGACUUCAAGCUGGCGCUGGAGCACUUCUGCAUCCACGCCGGCGGCCGCGGCGUGCUGGACGAGCUGGAGCGCAGCCUCGGGCUCAGCGCCUGGCACAUGGAGCCGUCCCGGAUGACGCUCUACCGCUUCGGCAACACCUCCAGCAGCUCGCUCUGGUACGAGCUCGCCUACUGCGAGGCCAAGGGACGGAUCAAGAAGGGCGACCGCGUCUGGCAGAUCGCGUUCGGGUCAGGGUUCAAGUGCAACAGCGCCGUCUGGAAGGCGCUCCGGACGGUGGACGACGCCGCCCGGGAGACCAAUAACCCAUGGGCCGACGAAAUCGACGACCUGCCGGUGCACGUGCCCAAGGUGUCGCCCUUCGAUUCUUCCGACCAGCAGCCAGCGUCCACCAACGGGCAGCAUGCCUAGCUAGCCAACGUUGCUCGUUGUUACGUACUACCUGCUACGCCAAUUAAUCUUGCUUCUGUAUUUUUAUGUAUACUACACAUUUACCUGGGCGCGUGCACUUGUACUAGCUAGUGCGGUCUGCCCCGGCUUAUUGGCCGCCUUAUUAUACACAGGGCAUUGUACUCCUACGAAUUACAAUUAUUAGUAGUGUGUAAAUCGUCAUGGGACAUGGGUAAAUGGACUUGAGAGCA